CAGACAUGUUGCCAGUUGCGAACUAACUAGCAGGAGCUAACAAGCUAACAGCUGCCUUGCUAGCUGGCUAAUCUUUCCUAGGAGCAGUUACAGAGCAGCAAGUGAUUUAUUUUGUCACUCAAACUGUUUACAUUUCCCUCUGCCUGCGGGUUUGGACCCAAUGUUGCCACGGGAAGAAACAGACAAACUGAGACACAGCACUCCGUGAAUGAGUGGCUAAGAGGCCAGAGAAGAAAGGAAAGGGCAGAAGAUUCACCAAAGGAGAGACCUUCAUUGAGCAUCAUUUUUGUGUAACAGAUUGCAGCAUAACUCGACGGCCAGACCGUUGCCAUGUCGACCUCAUCGCUACGGCGACAAGUAAAGAACAUCGUCCACAACUAUUCAGAGGCUGAAAUCAAGGUAAGAGAGGCAACAUCCAAUGACCCAUGGGGCCCCAGCAGCUCUCUGAUGUCAGAGAUCGCUGAUCUGACCUACAAUGUUGUGGCCUUCUCGGAAAUCAUGAGCAUGGUGUGGAAACGCCUCAAUGAUCACGGCAAGAACUGGAGACAUGUGUACAAGGCUAUGACUCUCAUGGAGUACCUGAUCAAGACAGGAUCAGAGCGUGUUGCCCAACAGUGCCGAGAGAACAUAUACGCAGUCCAGACCCUCAAAGAUUUUCAGUACAUAGACAGAGACGGCAAAGACCAGGGGGUGAAUGUGCGAGAGAAAGCCAAACAGCUGGUGACACUGCUUAAAGAUGAAGAGAGACUACGAGAGGAGAGAAUCCACGCCCUCAAAACCAAAGAGAAGAUGGCACAGACCUCCAGUGCCUCCUCAGCUCCAUCAGCACCCAGCCUGGGGGGCAGCCUGUCAGUGGGCUCUCACUCUGGAGGGGCAGACCCUGAACAGGCCUGGCCACAGAGCUCUGGAGAAGAAGAUCUACAGCUCCAGUUGGCUUUGGCCAUGAGUAAAGAAGAGGCAGAACAGACUAACGCAGACCCUCUGGAGGACGCAGAGCUCCGCUAUGCAAUCACUCUGAGCAAAGAGACGCAACAAAAGGAGGAGCGACUGCGCAGAGGCGAUGAUCUAAGACUGCAGAUGGCCAUCGAGGAAAGCAAGAGGGAGAAGGCAAAGCCUGAGGAGAGCGCUUUGAUGGAGUUGAGUGCCGUGGACCCCUGGGGUGCUCCUGCUGCUGCCACUGUGGGCUCUGCGGGCCCCUCGCCUCCGCCCACAGUUCCUCCCCCUGCGGUCUCAGGUCCAUGGGGAACCGCUGCUGCCGCCCCAGACCCAUGGGGGGUCGCUUCACCCACAUCUCCAACAAGCUCAGACCCCUGGGGUGGGGGCGCCCCACCAACUAUAGCUCCUCCUCCAGACCCAUGGGGGGAGACGUCCAACAAAGUUAACAACGUGGACCCCUGGGCAAGCUCAGCCGUGACCCCCCCCAGUGCCGACCCCUGGGGCCCCCCGGUGCCACCCAGCACUUCCUCCUCGGGGGGGCCAGUAGACCCCUGGGCAGGGGACGGGACUGUCCCUGCCUCUGACCAUAUCACCUCCGACAUCUGGAGUGGCACCGCCAAACACACUAACGGCACAGGAGACCCAGAGCGACGGGGGUCCCCAGCACUCGGCUGUGACAGCACAGGCUCACCAGUGCCCUUCGACUUGUCAUCUCUUGGUUCUUCACUUCCUGUUCGUAAGACUCCAGAGUCUUUCCUUGGCCCCAACGCAGCACUGGUGGAUCUCGAUUCCCUUGUGUCAUCAAAACCCAAACCCAAACAGCCGCCACCUCCCUCUAUCUCUUCCUCCUCAGCGCACAACCCCUUCUUACAGAACACAGGUUCAUCUCCUGCUCCUGGCAUGGCAGUGACUCCAGGCAGCACCAUUUCCAGUCGGGGCGUUUCUCCAACGCCUGCCUCCUCCAACCCUUUCGGCGUUGCUCCACCCAUGACGUCCAUCUCCCCUCAGCCCUCGUCCCUGGGUCUGAGCGGCCUGCGCUCCAGUCCUGUGCCUCCCAAUCCCAUGCUAAGCAUGGUGCAACCAGGACUGGGCAUGGGGCCCAUGGGUGUGGGGAUGGGGGCGCCCGGAAUGAUGGGCAUGAUGCAGGCCAGCCCCAUGGGCCUCCCCUACAGCAGCCUGUCACCAAUGGCCCCUCCGGGCACGACUCUGCUGGGGCCCGGAGGUGCAGCACCUCAGCAGCUGAUUUUGGGUGGGCCUGCUGGAACAGGAGGAGUGAUGGGGGCAGGAGGAGCAGUGGGAGGCGGAGGAACGACAGGAGCGAGCACCAAUCCUUUUCUCCUUUGAGGAAGUGUCACCACUACUUUGCUCACCUGUUUCGACCUCCUCUUGUCGUACCUGCUGCCCCCUCAUCACCCCCAACACAUUUUGUGUCCAAAAGAAAAAUGUGUACAUCUCUAUAUUUAAAGAAAAACAAAAAAUCGAAAAAUUAUGUUUAUCUUUUCCUUCAAAAGCAUUAUUUCAUUUCAGAAUAAUUUUCCACAUUGAGUUCCUUUCAUUUCAGUUUGGGUUUUUUUGUGGGCGGGAAAUAGAGAUCUAUUUAUUUUGUUUUAAUUCUCUUCUGUUCUGUACUGUUCGUCAUGUUGUGUUUCUCAUCAGUUCUGUCAUGAGAUGAAGGUAAGUCUGUGAGAGCAGAAGGCUUUUCAGCAGUGUCACUCUGUUCUAACAUUACCGCACUGAGAGACGGAUUGAGGGAGAGGGGAUUAUAGCCACUAACAAACUGAACAGAGAAACUGUCAAUCCUGCCUCUUCCUCUUUUCUCCCUCUAGAAUGAAGACAAACACUGAAUCUCUGAAUUUCAACCAGUGCAUGAAGGAUGAUUUUUCAUGAACUACAGACUGAGAUACAGACUGAAACACCUGCAUUAACAUUUCAGGCACAAUGUGGUCAAAUUAUUUCACUUUUAAUUUAAUUUAAUGUUAAAUGUAAUUUAUUUUUUUCCAAUUAUUUGGGAACGAAUAAACAAUAGAAUCACACGCUGAUGCCAUUUAAAUCAAAUGCUUAUUUUUUCUUUCUGAUUGUUGUAGAAAAUAAAGAAAGCUCUGACAUCAGUGGUCAGAUGGGAAAAAUGAUGGGAUGUGUUGCUGAAUGUGUGUGUGAUUGAGAUGCUCAUUUGUGAGUGUGAAAGAAUGCAAAGUGCAAAUGCUUGUUCCUGUGUAAAUGUAUCGCUAUUUGUCUCCAUUUUCCCUGUGUCCGAUCUUAUUUCAGUGGCUCAGAAAGAAAUGACAUCAAAUAUUUUGUUUUUAAAAACUGUCACUUGUAUUAAUACGAUGUAAUGUUGGGAUUUCAAAUAGGUGAAAAGGUAUUAUAAGGGCCACUCAUUUCUCUGCCAAUCUGUUAGUUUUAUUAUCUGCCCAAUCACACAUUUCAUAUGGGACCCUUUGUGAACAAGCUUCCCAGAGCACCACUGUCCUGUGUUUCAUCUCUCUUUGCCUUCAGGGAGGGAGACAUACUGAUGCUUCUUCAAAAAAGACAAUUACUCAAUGAAUGAAAGAAAAAGAAAACAGGGACUUGGCGACAUGCUCCAUGCUGUUCUUUUAAUUUAGUUUGAUGAAUUUGUUAUUUUAUAUCAAGAAAAAAAAUAUCUUUUAUCGGGUCAGGUUGAAUUUUGUGUGGUGAUGACUGUGAACAUUCACAUUUGAAAAGCAAAAUGGAAAAAAAUCAAAAGGAAUUUAUGAAAUAAAACAAAAACACAG